AUGGCAGCAGCUGUGGCUGAAGCGGGCGGUGUGCCAGAGAGCAUGUGCUAUGGCACAGAGGAAGCCAAGAAGGAGCCUGUGCUAGGCUGGUAUGGAUCCCACGACCAGCUGGAAAAGGACACCCGUGAGCUCCGUUCAGACGGCGGGGCAGAAACCGCCGAGCCUGCUGUUUCGGAGGAGGAGGACAAGAAGGACGAGAGCCCUGAAGCCUUGGCAGCGCGGCAGCGGAAGCAGCGGAUCCUCACGGCUUUGAAGAAGCCGACUACGGAUCAGCUCCGACGCCGCUUCACGGAGUUUGACCUCAACUCUGAUGGCACCUUGGACAAGUCCGAGGUUCGUCGCCUGGUGCGGCAAGGGAGGCCGAAGACCAGCGAGGGCGAGGUGGAGGAGAUCUUCAAGCAGCUGGACAAGAACGGCGAUGGCCGGGUCAGCUUCAACGAGCUGGUGGCCUGGGUCUUCUCGGCCGAGGGGCCGGACGCGGAAGAGAGUGAGCGGCUCUUCAGCGACCGGCAGAAGAGCCGCCGCGGGAGCGCGCCCUGA